CUCUACGACCAAUUCAAUCUCCAACAACAAAACCCAGCCUAUCGCAAAAUGCAAACCUCCCGCCAGCUCUUGCCCGCACACGCCUGCAAAGGCGAUAUCCUCCGCGCAAUCGAGCAGCACCAAGUCGUCGUUAUCGAAGGUGAUACCGGGUGUGGAAAGAGUACGCAGGUACCACAGUUUAUCUUGGAUGAUUAUUUGAUGAAGAGGAAGGGAGGCGAGUGUAAGAUUUUGGUGACGCAGCCGAGGAGGAUUAGUGCUAUGGGUGUUGCGGAGAGGGUUGCUGCUGAAAGGGGGGAGCGCGUGGGAGGGAUGGUUGGGUGGCAGAUUCGGAUGGAGAGUAGGAUGAGCGAGCAGACUCGAAUCUUGUUCGCCACGACGGGUAUUAUGUUAAAGAGGUUGGAGGGAUCGCGGGAUGAAGGCGAAGAAGAAGAGGGGAUCGAUGGGUUUACGCAUAUCGUCAUCGACGAAGUCCACGAACGCAGCUUGGACUCGGAUUUCUUGUUGAUGGUUAUGCGAGACUUACUCAAGAUUCGGCCCGGGUUGAAACUAAUCUUAAUGUCGGCGACAUUGAAUGCGGGGUUGUUUCAGGAGUAUUUUGGGGGUGAGACGCCGAGGAUGUUCAUCCCGGGUCGUACGUUCCCGGUUAAGACCAUGUUUUUGGAGGAUGCGGUUGCGAGGAUGAGGUAUAUCCCUAACGGAACGGAGUACGUGCGGGCGAGACGUGGACCGGCGCCUCAGAUGAAGGGGAAGAGCGGAGCAUUUUUGACGGAGGAAGAGAAGCCGGAUGAGAUGCUUGAUGCGCAGGGGAUGGCGAAGAGGUAUCCCGGGCUUGGGAUGGAAGCGUGGAAGAGUUUGCAGAUGAUUGAUCAGGAGAAGAUUCAGUAUCCGCUCAUUGAGGAGUUGGAGGUUAAGGCGAAUAGGGGUAUUCUUGUGUUUAUGCCCGGUAUGAUGGAGAUUUCUACAUUGCAUACUGCGCUGCUGAGAAAUCAGAGGAUCAGGGAUGCGACCGAUAACGGAAGGUUCUGCUUGCCACUCCAUGGCUCUCUCUCAUCCGAAGACCAGCUUCGCGUUUUCGAUCGCCCUUCCGCCAAUAAGGUCAAGAUCGUCAUCGCGACAAACGUUGCCGAGACCUCCAUCACAGUGGACGACGUUGUCUUCGUCAUCGAUAGCGGCCGCAUGAAAGAGACUCGCUUCGAUCCAGAAAAGGGAAUGGCGAGUUUGGAAGAAUGUUGGGUCUCUCAAGCAAACGCUCGUCAACGUCGUGGUCGUGCGGGUCGUGUCGCAGAAGGAACGUGUAUCCACCUCUUCACCUCCCACAAAUAUGAGAAAGAGCUACUACCGCAACAGAUUCCUGAGAUGCAGCGGACACCGCUGGAGCAGCUUUGUCUGCGCAUCAAGAUUCUUCCGUUCCUGAAGGGGAGGAUCGAUGAUGUACUUAGCAAGGUCAUCGAGCCGCCUUCGGAUGAGGCGGUGAAGAAUGCGAUUUUGACAUUGAGGACAUUGCAAGCAUUGUCGAGAGAGGAGGAUUUGACGCCGCUUGGAUUCCAUCUUGGAAGGUUGCCGGUCGAUGUCAGGAUCGGCAAAUUGAUUGUUAUGGCGUGUAUCUUUGGAUGUUUAGAUCCGUGUUUGACGAUUGCUGCGGCGAUGUCGAUCAAGUCCCCGUUUGUUGCGCCUAUUGACAAGCGUGCUGAAGCUGAUAUGAAGAAGCGUGCGUUCGCUACUGGGAUGUCGGAUCAUCUCACGGUACUGGCGGCAUACAAUCGAUGGCUGGCGGUUCGUGCAGAGGGUUUCCAGGCUGAACGGGCUUUCCUUUUCGACAACUUCUUGUCUGGGCGGACACUAUCCCAGAUCUCAGAUAUUAAGCGUCAACUGGCGGAGCUGCUGUGUGACAUCGGUUUUCUAAAGGGUAACGUUCGUUCUCGCCAGAUGGAACGCAAUCUCCACCUCAUCAAAGCAUGCCUAACCUCAGCUCUCUACCCCAACGUCCUCAAGAUCGGCCCAAUGGGCCGUGACGGACCGUCCUUCACCUCGAAAGGUGGCGACGACAUUGCUCUUCAUCCAUCCUCCAUCAAUGCAAAAGAAAGCCGAUUUGGUGCUCCUUUCUUAAUCUACCUCGAGAAAAUCAAAACGACCCGCGUAUUCGCCCGAGACUCCACCGCAAUCCUGCCGUACGCUAUGGCUUUUUUCGGUGGUUCCCUU